UCGCCGCUGUGCUGUAGGCAGGCAGGCAAAGCAGCUGCAGAGACGGCAGGGAACGCUCGCGACAACGGACACGCUCAUGUCGGGAAAGUCAGAAACGCAACAUUUGCAUAUUCUCUGAUUUGAAGUCCCAACAUUUUCACUUGUAACCUUUUGCUGAUCACGUUGUCUUUGUUUUUACGCCUGCGUGGGAAUAUAUUUUUCAUUCUCUCGACCUGAAAUGACUGCUAGUCGCCUUGUCUAGCCAAUGGUUACUGCGGGGGCUCCUGUCUUGUGGAUUAUCCGUCGUCGCCGAGCCAGUUGCAUGGUCGAGCCCGGAGGAGGCCCCGCUCUGCUGGAUGGAUGUGUGUGAAGCAGCGCCGGACUCCAAGUACUGAUGAAGACGGUGAUAAUGAUGAUGCUCGGGUUUCAUCGGCAGCGGGUCAACUGAUCUUGGAUGUUCGGGCUGUAUAGCCCCCCACACAAACCAUUUCCUCAUACAGCAAACAAUAUAUUCCUUAAAAACUGGACGCCCCUGGAGCAGUUUAUGACGACCCUGGUAGGAGCGUGAUGAGCGCGCGCUUCCGCUUGCCUGCUGGCAGAUCCUACAAUGUCCGGGCGACGGAGCUGGAGCGAGACAGGCAGCACACACAGGUUGUGUGCAACGUACUGCUGCUGGACAACACCGUCCAGGCGUUCAAAGUCAGCAAGUCGGAUCAUGGCCAGGUGCUGCUGGAUGCUGUCUUUAAGCACCUGGAGCUGACUGAGAGGGACUACUUUGGCCUGCACUUGGCUGAUGACUCCUUAGAUACGCCACGCUGGCUCGACCCCAACAAGCCCAUCAGGAAACAGUUAAAAAGAGGGUCUCCCCAUAACCUGAGCUUCAGAGUCAAAUUCUUUGUGACAGACCCCAAUAAACUUCAGGAAGAAUACACGCGGUACCAAUAUUUUCUUCAGAUCAAGCAGGAUAUAUUUACUGGAAGAUUGCCGUGUCCACACAACACAGCCGCACUGCUGGCGUCCUAUGCUGUUCAAUCUGAGUUGGGGGACUACAGUGAAACGGAGCAUACAGCAGGCUACCUGUCGGAAUACUGCUUCAUUUCCAACCCUCCGCAAGACUUCCACAAAGAGGUCGCCAAACAUCACCAGCAGCACAGGUACACUGAGAUGCAGAAACAAGCCCAGUUGUGA